CAAUAUUGUAUAAAUAUAUGAUGCUACAUGAUAUAUGAUGCUACAUGGGUAAUGCAAAAAUUUCCAGUCCAUUGAAGAAAACCGUGGGUUUGCAUUCGUUGAAUUCGAAUCUCAUCUUUCGGCUUCGCUGGCGCGCAGACAGCUGCACCCUAGGAACCUGGUGAUUUGGGAGCGAAGCCUUUAUGUGGACUGGGCUGAACCCGUGCCCGAAGUAGACCCUGAUAUCCUGCAGAUGAUCAGGGUGCUGUACGUGAAGAAUCUGCCGAUUCACUACUCCAACGAGCGCGUCAACUGCACCUUCCAGUACUUGUGCAAAGGCCUCAUCACCAAGACUCAUAAGAUCAAGAAUUACGCCUUUGUGCACUGCGUAGAUCGCGAAGCCGCCCAACUAGUCAUGGAGAGGUUGCUGGGGCUUGUUCUAGACGAUUGUAGGCUGGAAGUGGAGUGGGCCAGGCCUCGCCAAUACAGCAACCAAUCGCGGGCUCGGCACCCGCCCAUCAACUUUUGCCUGAACGUGCCACUGCGUUCACGCAGAAUAGUCAAGCAACUGCUCCAAAGCCGAAGGAGUUCGCCGCCCAACUCGGACUCAGAUUCCGGUCAAACUUCCCCGCAGUCGGACGAGAUGUAAAGGCACAUCCUGGAGUCUUUUUAAUGCUUAGUGGAGUUUGAUGAUUAUCGAUUGAUUUACAUCCAAUUCGGCCAAUUUAUACAAUACUUGUUAGGUCGUAGUGAAGAGUUUUUAGAGUUUUUGCGAAAACCGGUACAAGCGGCGGGUGAUUUGAACCUUUUCUAUCAGCGCUUAAUCGGCCAAUUUAUUUAGUAAUUUGAUUUCCUAAUUAAGUGUCGCCGUAUGCAGUCGCCUAAACAAUUUUUAUGUGCAUUAAUUUGAACUUGAACUUGAAAUGUAUUAUAUUAUAUAAUAAUCGUCUACCGGUUUUUAUGUAAAUUUAGUUUAUAUUUAGAAUUGUUGUCCAUAUAAAGCAUGUAGCUUGAAUAAUGUCCCGACCAUUAAGGUCGAUUAAAUCCGUUCCAAUA